CAGAGCAGAGUUCGGGGGGCUCUUUGCCGCUGGCAGCCGGCCGUCCGCCGAGCAAAGCCGGGGGCGAGAAGAGAGACAGAGAGAGAGGCGGGCGCAGCCAAGUCUGGGCAAGACCCAGCGGGCGGGGACCAGGGGCCGCAGCGGCCCGCCCGCGCCCCUCCGAUCCGGAUUCUGGGGCAGCGCAACUUGCCUCUGAAGACGCCCCCCGGCCCGUGUCCGGCGCUUGCUCCCCGCGGCCCCCCAUGCGCCGGCUGCGACUCUCCCCGCGGCGCCUUGGCUGAGGCUCUGAACUGCCCCGAACGACCUCUUGAUUCACCCGGCCCAGGCUCAAGCCGGGGGCGAGGGGCUCCCAGGGUCGCAGGCGGGGAGAUCCGGGGCGCCUCGGGCGGGCGCAGCCGAGCCCCCCGCCGGGCAGGGCCAGCCCCGCGCCGCCGGUGCAUGGACUGAGAUGGCCUCCGAGCUGGCCAUGAGCGGCGAGCUGCCCACCAGCCCGCUGGCCAUCGAGUACGUCAACGACUUCGACCUGAUGAAGUUCGAGGUGAAGAAGGAGCCGCCCGAGGCCGAGCGCUUCUGCCACCGCCUCCCCCCGGGCUCGCUCUCCUCCACCCCCCUCAGCACCCCUUGCUCCUCGGUGCCGUCCUCGCCCAGCUUCUGCGCGCCCAGCCCCGGCGGCCCGGCGGGCCCCGGCGCCGCGCCGCACCCGGGCAGCGCCGGCAAGGCACCGCUGGAGGAUCUCUACUGGAUGGCGGGCUACCAGCCCCCGCUCAACCCGGAGGCGCUGAACCUCACCCCGGAGGACGCGGUGGAGGCGCUGAUCGGCAGCCCGCACCCGCUGCACGGCUACGAGGGCUUCCGCGGCCCGGGCUUCCCCGGCGAGGAGGCGGCCCCGGCCGGGCACCACCACGCGGGCCCCCCGCACCACCACCACCACGCGGGCCCCCCGCACCACCACCACCACCACCACCACGCGGGCCCCCCGCACCACCUCCUGCGGCUGGAGGAGCGCUUCUCGGACGAGCAGCUGGUCAGCAUGUCGGUGCGGGAGCUGAACCGCCAGCUGCGGGGCUUCAGCAAGGAGGAGGUGAUCCGCCUCAAGCAGAAGCGGCGCACGCUGAAGAACCGGGGCUACGCCCAGUCCUGCCGCUACAAGCGGGUCCAGCAGCGGCACAUCCUGGAGAACGAGAAGUCCCAGCUGCAGGGCCAGGUGGAGCAGCUCAAGAAGGAGGUCUCCCGGCUGGCCAAGGAGCGGGACCUGUACAAAGAGAAGUACGAGAAGCUGGCCGGCCGCGGCUUCCCCCGGGAGCCGCCCCCGCAGGCUCCCCCCAAAGCCUCGGCCGAGUUCUUCAUGUGAACGGGGAAAGUGGGGGUGUGUGUGUGGGGGGGGGGGUGCUCGGCCUCCCCACUGCCCCCGGGACUCCGUGUACCUAGAGGGGCCGGCUGCUGUACAUAGACUCCUGUUUUUGUGUGCGUCUCCGGGCUGCAAACCAACUCACCAAGCGGGCGCCCCCCCUCCCAGUGCGGGGCAAGGUCCCCGUCCCCCCAGCGCCCCCGCUUGCGUCUCCUUCCUUCCCUCCCUCCCUCCCCCGCCUGGGCUGCCCACGAGAGCCCCAGCCCUGCGGCCAGCUCGCCUCCGUUCCAGCCGCGCCCCGGGGUCCUGCCCGUUCCCCCAGCGCAUCCUCCUGCCUUUGUACGUCCCCCGGGCAAGAGAGCCCGAGCUGGGACCGGGAGAGGCGAGGCGGCAAGGUGACAGCCGCCUCCAGACAUGCUCACACGCUCACUCCUGAGUCUUAACCUUGUGAUCGCACAAACUUUAAAAAACAAAAACAAAAACAAAGCCCGACCAGACCAGACCAAGCUUUGGCUGGAGGGAAAGACAAACUGAACAGUGAAAGACUCGAAGCAACAGGGAAGAAGGAAAUAAUGAGCAAACCUGCAUUUUUCCCCCCGCCUCCUGGAAAACUGGGUAACCAACCAAAAUCGUUUUGGGAGAAAAAGUGCAUCGUAACGAAAUCCUCCUAUAUACUCUUAAUAAUCAUACUAAUUAAUAAAGCGGCGUCCAAGGAACUGUGCAACUUAACUGUGGUUCUUAGAAGACUUUUUAAGCAAUCCUGCAUGCAGGACAUGUAUGGUAUUUCAAUAAUCUCCCCUUCUUUUCUACUAGAACAGAUGAAGAAAAAGCAUGAUCCAGUUUUUUCCCCCUCUUGGUAAUAUUUUUUGUUUUUGUUUCCCCCCCCCAACGGUCAGUUUUUAGUUUGCAGCACUCUUGUUGGGUGCAUCUUAAAUAACAAAUAGUCUUAAAAUGUUUGCAAAGUGAUGUUUUCUCUCUCAGUGGAACAGUGCAGCAAAACACUCACAAAAGGGACUGGAAUAUAUAUCUUGGGACUUCAGACUCCAAAAAAAGAGUUGAGUUUACCUGCUUUUUAUCUCCUUUUCUUACUAAUAAUUCUUGUUGUUGUUUUAAAAAGGAAACCUGAGCCAAACUUAACUUAUUUAAAGGUGUCCACUUGUACAUAUGUAGAAUUUAGUUAGUUUUUUGCCUUUGUUUUUCUCUCUGAGACUAUAUUUUGCUUGGUGAUUUAAGAAAAAAAGCCUUAAAAAAAAUCACAAGUCUUAACGAAAGUUUGUAUGUAAUAGCAUGCAAAUAAUAUAAGAAUUGAUUAAUUUAAUUAUGUUGAAAAAGCCGAAUGCACUAUAUACAGGAAUCAAUUGGAUUAAAUAAUGCUGUUGUUUUAUAGAGAUUUAAAAUGAUCUAUGCUGUUAAAAAUAAUUGGGGGGGAAAAAGGUAACAUUCUAAGAUGACCUGAAAGGCAAUAUAGUAAUAUAUGGACUGCAAUCAGUUGGCUGCUGUAUCACUAUGCACCAGAUUUAUUUAUUAACCCCUGGGAAACCAUAUUAUUUUAACCUUGAUGAUUUUAAAAGAGAAAAGAAAAUGCACCUAAUCUUGCAAUUUAUGCUUUGUGUGAAAGUAAAACAAAAUAUACAUAGCAGUUUGGGGGUUUUUAACAAGUUGCUUAUUUAAAAAAAGGAAAUCUUAGGGAAAACUAAAAGUCUUAAAGACAAACAAACCACGUGUGAACUUUGGGAACUGGUACGUUUUAGGUGCUGCUUGUGCGAAGCAUUUUAAAUAACCAGUUUGUUUCAGUUUCUGAUGGUUUUAACUCUGUUGCAUCAAGAUAGAACGUAUAUUCAUCUACAGCUUCAGUUAAGUCUUUUUAUAUGAACUGCUGUUGAGCCAUGUGGGCUGUUGCAACCUCAAAACCACCUAUAUCUUGUUUGUUUGUUUUGUUUUUGUUUGUUCUUUGAAUUGUGUUUCCUUUGUGUUCAGGCAUCAAUGCAAAAACUCAUUUUAGCUUUCCUUGGCUACAGACGAACGAAAAAUAAAUCUCUUUAGACAUACCUAU